AUGUGGUUAGUUGAGAAUUUUAUUCAGCCGGAUCGAGCACGCUAUACUAUGCCGCCAUACACAGAGCAAACGCCUACUACAAAAACAGAAGGUCUAAACAUAGACCACUUUGAGAAGCUCAUAGCACCACAAGCUGAGACAAGGAAACACCAGAUAGUGUACCAGAACUUAGUCACCUUCGGCUAUGGACACGCCGCCGCGCUCUACGGCCUGUACCUUGCUUGUACGACUGCUACGUGGAAUACGAUAUUUUUCCAUUACGUAAUAUUCGCGGCGGCCUCUGUGGGAGUGACAGCGGGCGCGCACAGGCUAUGGACGCACAGGGCGUAUAAAGCUAAAAUGCCGCUUCAGAUCAUCCUCAUGGUGAUGAACACUUUCGCAUUCCAGAACACCGCCAUAACGUGGGUGCGAGACCAUCGUUUACACCAUAGGUACAGCGAUACGGACGCGGAUCCACAUAACGCGACGCGAGGGUUUUUCUUCUCGCAUAUGGGAUGGUUGCUUGUGAGGAAACACCCGGAGGUGAAGAGACGCGGGCAGUUCAUUGACAUGUCGGAUAUUUAUGCCAAUCCCGUUUUAAGAUUUCAGAAGAAAUACGCUGUCCCAUUCAUAGGAACGGUUUGUUUUGUACUACCAACUGUAAUACCAAUGUAUUUUUGGGGGGAGACUCUCAACACUGCGUGGCACCUCGCCGUGCUGCGAUACGUUUGCAAUCUUCACAACACAUUCCUGGUGAACAGCGCAGCCCAUUUAUGGGGAAACAAGCCCUAUGAUAAAGCCAUACAACCCGCUCAAAAUCUCAUGGUGUCCUUCUUCGCUUUCGGCGAAGGCUUCCACAACUACCACCAUGUGUUCCCAUGGGAUUACAAGACGGCAGAAUUAGGGAAUAACUUUUUGAACAUGACCACUUAUUUUAUAGAUUUCUUCGCUUGGAUAGGUUGGGCGUACGAUUUGAAGACCGUUUCUGAAGAACAUAUACGGUCUAGAGCGAAUAAAUGCGGCGAUGGUAGCAACAAAUGGGGAUUUAAGGAG